CCUUCUCACACAUAACUAAAUACUCCGUAGGUUUUAGGGUGAGAAUGAGGUGUAUCCUUUUUUGUGACGUGCCCUUUCACCAUUUUAACAUGCUACGUAUCAGUGAGUAACUGAGUAAUCGAAUUGCUGCCACUCUCGCUUCUCAAUCAGCCAAGCUCUCUUGCUAGCUAUCUCCACCAUUUCAGCCAUUUAGGGUUUUCUACAUUUCUAACCUUGGGAAGUAAGACCACUGGCGUCCCAAAGAAGCAAUGUCUGCUGAAUCACUGCAUUUAAAAAAGGGAGACAAAGUGGAGGUUCUCAAGCGCGAAAAUUUUUCAAUAUGGAUUCCGGCGUCUGUGCUCCGACCAUCUGUGAAGAGGAACGACGGGGCCGGUCAAAUAUACGUGGAAUUUGAGACUUUGUGCACCGAUGAUGAUCCAAUGAAGCGGCGAAAGGAGUACGUCCACUCCUCCUCCGUUCGCCCUGCGCCGCCGCGAGAAAUGUGCUGCUAUUUUAGAGUAGGGGACAUUGCGGAUGUUUUGUAUGAACUUAAAGGAUGGAGGGAAGGUACAGUAGAUGAAAUUUUUGAGAACUCAGUGUACGUGGUAGCUCUUCGAGUUGAGGACGGAGAAGAAGAGAGGGAUAGCGUGAAGGCGGAGCAAUGGCAGUUGAGGGUGCAUAGGGACUGGAAAGAUGGGUCUUGGGAUCCACCACUUGAGCCUCAAGCAGACUGUUACCCUCAACAGUACCCGCAGAACAAAUCUCAAGAUUCAGUAAUUACAGCAAGUGGAGUCAAACUCCGGAUAAAAUGUACUAGUAGAUCACUUGUUAGAAAGUUCGGUAAGGAAAAGCUUGUAGAGGUUAAGCAUGACAAGGAAGGUGUUGAUAUAUCUUGGUAUGCUGCAGUUGUUAUGAAGGUAUUAAAAAACGGGAAGUUCCUAGUGCAAUAUCAGACCCUAAAGUCAGAGAAUGGGAUUGAACUCCUUACAGAAGAGGUUGAUGCCACAUCCGUCAGACCAUAUCCACGUGAAAUUGAAAGGAUUAAUCCGUUUGAGCCUCUUGACAGAGUUGAUGCUUGGUUUAAGAAGGGAUGGUGGGAGGGAUAUGUGUGGGAGGUUGUUGAUGAUAUGAAAUAUGUGGUUUGUUUGGGAUCCACAAAUGAAUUUUCAACAUUUGAACAUUCUAACUUGAGGCCUCAUCAAGAUUGGAUAAACAACAAAUGGGUUGCAGCAACAAAGUUUGAUUUGCCAAGGAGCUCAAACAUUGUGAAAGAAAAUCUGUAUGCCACAAAGGUGAAGAUCAGAAGUGAUGGAAAGGUAUCAGUUCCAACUUUCAGCAAGGGAAUGAUAGUAGAAGCCACAAGCUUUGAAGAAGGUUACCAUGGUUCUUGGUUCACUGCAAUCAUUUUCGACACUAUAGAAGAGGAGAACAGGUAUGUGUUGGAGUAUCAGACUCUGAAGACAGAUGAUGAAUCUGAACCUCUUAAAGAGAAGGCUGAUGCCUUCAAUAUCCGCCCUUGCCCUCCCAUCAUUGAACGCUUAGAUCGCUUUAAAAUGUUUGAAGAAGUUGAUGCGUGGUACAAUGAUGGAUGGUGGGAGGGUCUCAUUUCCAAAGUUCUUGCAGGCUUAAAGUAUGUGGUGUAUUUCUGGAACACAAAUGAAGAAAUAGAAUUUGAACAUCAUGGUAUCAGGCCUCAUCAGGAAUGGGUUGAUGGAAAAUGGGAAAUUGCUUUCAGGAAGUCCAACAAGCUACCGAAUCCCAAACUUGGGAUGAUGAAGAGAUUCAGCACUGGAAUUGGGUCAUGUGGACCUUUCUGCGUUGGAACAAAAGUGGAGGUAAAAGAUGGAGAUGGAAAUCAGGGAGGAUCUUGGUAUUAUCCGGCUUUUAUUUUACGACCAAUAGGGAAUGACAAGUACAUGGUAGAGUUCAGGACACUAAAAUAUGAUCAUGCAAAUGAACUGCUGAUUGACGUAGCAGAUGCUUUGUGUAUAAGGCCUUCUCCUCCUAUAUUGCAAAGAACUGACCAGUACAGACCUCUUGAGGAAGUUGAUGCUUGGUUUAGUAAUGGUUGGCGGGCUGGACAAGUAUGUAAUGUUCUUGAGGAUGGGAGGUAUAGUGUCUGUUUUGGGACUGCAAAUGAGUUCUUAGAAAUUCGACAUAAUGGUUUGAGGCCACAUAGGGAUUGGAUAAAUGGCACAUGGGUGAAUUCUCAACGGGAGUACAUGGUGUAGCAGGAAAGGUGUACCAACGUAGUCCAUUGUCAAUUCCCACUAUGCACAGCUCUGACUCAGGAAAUUAGAAAUCAGUUGAGUGAAACUGCUACCAGUUGUCUUUUUGCUUCUAUGAAUUGUAUUAACUUAAUUAGGGUGACGUCAAUAAUGUAGCUCAAUCUUUGACUGGUCCACCC